UUUUGAAAAAUAACAAGAAAACAUUGUGAAAUUCAAAAACGAGAAAACACACAGGAAGAAGAAACCGUGGUCUCUCGCUCUGGUUCGGAAAAAAGGUCUAAAGCGCGGGUUUUGUGAAGAGAGGGGGAAGCGGCUUCGUUCUACAGAGAGAAAGCUAUAAGUUCACCACGCCGUAGAGAAGAUAGAAUCCGGCUUCGGGAGCAGAUUGAAGGAAAGUGAAGUUUUCAUCUCCGUUCGAGCUGUUUCAGGAUUAAAAUUCUGAUUGGGAAUUUUUAUCUUUGGUAUUUUGCGAUUCCUAGGACAGUCCGUGCUCAAAGUUUAAGGAAAUCUUGUAAAUUGUCUCCUGAGAGUUCAUUGAACUUUUAUUUGAUGGAAGAUUAGCAUGUUGCGAGGACUUCUGCAACGGUUAGAGGUAUGAUUUGUGUAGCGCUAUGACACUAGAAGAUUUUUUCACCUUGACCGAGAUGAAAGAUGGGCUUACUGCCCCUUCUCGAGUCGAGGAACUGGUCACUGUCAUGCGGAAGGAGAAAGAUUCAGAUAUUGUAAAGAACAUUGGCGAUGCAACCAGACAGUGGGCUGCUGUUGCAAGCACCAUUGCCGCAACGGAUAAUAAAGAUUGUCUUGAUCUCUUUAUUCAGUUAAAUGGACUAUGUUUUAUUGAUAGAUGGUUAAAGGAUGCUGCUAAGUUUAGUGCUGACACAAGUGAUGGCCUUGUGGAAGAGUCAUUAACUGCACUAUUACGGGCAGUGGAAAAGCUGCAUAUAGGCAAUGAAAGGUCUGUUACCUCUGGGAUCUCUAUAACCGUCAAGAAUCUUCUUAACCACAAAAGUUCUCAGGUUCAGGAUAGAGCAAAGGCGCUGUUUGAUAGCUGGAAGCAGGGUACUGUUGAUGAGGCAGUCCACGGUGUUGUAGAGGGUGUUGCGGAAUUUAAUGUUAGUUUGCCUGAUAGUGAGAUUAUUAAGCCAGAAUGUGUUGAUGUAGGUAAUUCUGUUUCUAAAAGAAAUGGCAAUGGUGAAAAUAAUUCAGCAGAACCGACUAGAUCCGACACUUUGGUCUCAAGUGGUGUAGAUUGUCUUAAACAAGAAGUGGCGGAAGAUCGAAAUAUUCAAACUCAUAAUGAGGAACCUUGCUUCAAUGUUACUUGCGACCAGUCGAAAGUCGAGGAUAGAUCUUCAAAUCUUUUGACAUCCUCUGUUCAAGAAAGUACUUCUGUGAAGGAAGCAUCUCCAACAGGUACCAUGGAAGGGACCAAUGCUGAUGAUUCCAAGCAGAGCGCUACUGAAGUGCAGCCAGAAGUUUUGGAGUUAAAUGGGACCUCUAAUGAUGAAAAGCCAGUUCUCAGGCUCAACAAUUUACCAGAAAAAUUGAGUACAAGAGCUUCUUUCUCUAGUGCAACAGGAGAUGAAGAAGUUUAUUGUCGCAACGAUGUUGCAACUGCUCAAGAUGUUGUGACAGAACCUACUUCACAGAACAAGAUUGAUGACGUGGGUGAUGUCAGGACUCCUGCAUCUGUACCAAAGGUGGGGAUAGAUGACAUAGGCAGUACAAGUCGACACAGUGCACAGAUACUGAAGACUGAUGGUCAAUGUGGAUCUGAUGAUUUCCAGGACUUAUCUUCCACUGAGUGUAGGUUGGGGAAAACUGAGCGUACAGUUACUAGCAUUUGUCAAAUGGAAGAUGACGGAGUUUCCGAGGAAGAUAAAGAGCAUAGCAGUAAUGAUGAAGAUGAGGAUGUGAGAAACUUUUCUGAAAUCUCUAGAUCAAGAAUCCAUGCUAGAAGUCCUGAUAUGAUUGAUGAGAGAUCUGAUAUGGAGGUUGAGUAUGGCAUAGUAGAUGCUCUUGAAGUUGCUCGACAAGUUGCUCAGGCUGUGGAGAGGGAAGUGGUUGAUUACAGAGAACGUUCCUGCAGUUCAUCUAUGGAGAAUACUACAGAAAAGGUUGCAAGGCAGCCAGGUAGCCCGGAUUCUGUAGAUGGAAAGCAGGAAUUAUCUGCUGAGAUCCCUCCUAGGGAUAUGCCUGCUGGGCAAAUUAGUUCGGCAGAGGCCUAUCCCAAGGAUGAGCGACUGGCAAAAAAUACUUUAGAUAAUAUGGGCUCCGAACUUGGAAGAGACGAACAUGAUGUUGAAACUUCUCAUGUUAUCAAGGCAGAUCAAGAACCUGAAGUGAACACAGAGAAAGACCUGUGUGAUUUUGAUCUGAAUCAAGAUGUCGGUUUUGAUGAAACUGAGCAUAUUGCAAAUCCAAUAUCUGCCCCAAUUUCUGUUCCUGCAUCGAGGCCAAUAGCAGCUUCUGGAUCCUCUGCAGCCCCUUUGCACUUUGAGGGGAAUCUUGGAUGGAAGGGAUCGGCCGCUACUAGUGCUUUUCGUCCAGCAUCACCUCGCCGGAUCGGUUACGACAAGACUCUUCCUGCUGGGGGAACCAGCAGUGGUUCUAGUCAGAGGCAAUUUUCCCUUGAAUUUGAUCUGAAUGUAACUGAUGGUGGAGAUGAUAAAAUUCACGAAAUAACUGGAAGUGAAAUUCCAGGUUCAUCUGCCCUUCACACUGCGGAAUCUUGCAAAUCAGAAAGGCACAAAUUAGAUUUAAAUCUCACAAGUGAUGAUGGUGAUGCCCCACCAUCAGAUUUGAGGAUAGAAGGGUGGCUUUUUCACAAUCGGAAUGGCCAUCGCAGCAUGUCUCCUGCCUCAUCAUCAUCAACAAUGCAGCCUUCAGCAAGGAACUUUGAUUUGAAUGAAAGACCAUAUCUUCUCAAUAAUACUUCUUCUGAUCAAGGGUUCUUUGUCGGUAAGUCUUCCCAAAGUUCAAGUGCUUAUGGAGGGCCUAAACCAGAUGAUCCUGUAAUAUCUAUUAUGGGCACCAGAGUUGAGGUCAGUAGAAAGAAUUUUAUGCCCCAAACUACAUCCUUGCCAAAUGGAAAGGAUCUGGAUACUGCAAUGGAUGCUAUUACAGCUAGGGAGGGAAGUAUAUUGGGUAUGGCUCCAACAGUAUCGUACCCACAAUCAAAUGUUUUUGGUUACAGUGGACUGACCAAUGCACCCACCAUGUCCUUUUCCUCGGCAAUGUAUGGACCGGGUCCUGGCGGCUCAUUCCCUUACAUGGUGGAUUCAAGGGGAACCCCUGUUGUGCCUCAAGUUGUCGCAUCAGCAGUCCCCCCAUAUUCUCAUUCGCCAUUGUGGCUGAGUCCCAUGAAUGGUGUAGUGCCUCCGCGACCCAACUUUGAUUUGAAUUCUGGUUUCACAGUUGAAGGAGGAAACAGGGACUCUGGAGUUUUUAGGCAGUUUUUGAUGCCUGUUCAAAGCAGGCCAAUGGAAGAACAUCUUAGGACCAGCUCCCAACCCUCCUCAAGUUCUGGAGCGGGUGGGAAAAGAAAGGAACCAGAUGGUGGCUGGGAACCUUUCCCGUUUAACUACAGAAAUCAGCAACCUCCUUGGAGAUAGGAAGUUAUUUAUCAUCUGUGCUCCCUUUCCCUCCCUUAUGAUCAGUUCAUAAGGCCCUAGACCAAUCAGAGAUUUGAUGCUUGCAUUUCCAAAGACGAUUAGACUGAGCUCCAUUGGUGGGAGGGUAGUUGAAUAAGAAUGGAAGAAUUAUCCAUGUAGUAAUGAUUCGUGAGAUAAAUUUGCUAAAGAAAAUUUUAGGUUUUAUUGUUUAGUUUUGGUUUAUAAUUUUUAUUUUCCUUUCCUGUGGUUCCAUAGAUGGGCAUUGCAACAGUAGAGAGCUUUGGCACAUGUAGCUGUAACAGUGUAACUUCUCUUCCAGUUCCACAUAUAUAUCACAGAAAUUCGGAGGAA